UUGAGACAACAGUGAACUAUAUUGAGAGCAUUGACUGCAUUAACACAACAUUCAAAACAAUUAUUGAUUGAAUUUAUUGUUUAUAUUAUUAUUAUUAUUAUUAUAUGAAUAGUCACAAACAUUUGGUCCAUAAUUACCAUCAAUAAGUAUGGCUCAACUCAAUUGUGAGGUACCAUUGGGUCAGACAGUGGCCAAACAUUACAAUCUUUUAGAGGAAAAAGGAAAGGAUGCCCGCAAAGACAGUCGUAUUUACCACUUAAGAAACUUUAACAAUUGGAUCAAAUCGGUGACCAUUGCUGAUAUUAUACAGAAAAUUAGAAAUGAACGUCAAUUCAAUGUCUUAGACAUUGGUUGUGGUAAAGGAGGUGAUCUUUUGAAGUAUAAAAAGGCUAAUAUAACUCAUAUAGUGUGUGCAGACAUCGCUGAAACAUCAGUUAAACAAUGCGAAGAAAGAUAUAAUCAAAUGAAAGACAGUUCCGGCAAUCGUAACAAUAAUAACAACAUAUUUACGGCUGAGUUCAUAACGGCUGACUGUACUCGGGAACAGUUGCGACCAAAAUACAAGAAUCAAGAGAUUGAGUUUGAUUUGGUUUCCAUUCAAUUCUCAUUUCACUAUUGCUUUGAAAGUCUGUCUCAAGCGAGACAAAUGAUACAGAAUGUUAGCGAUAAUUUAAGACCCGGAGGAAUGUUUAUCGGAACAACCCCUGACUCACAAGAAAUCAUCAAAAGGUUACGUAAAAGUGAAUCAAAUAUGUUUGGGAAUAGUGUUUAUUCAAUUAAAUUUGAAGAUUCAUAUAAUGAUUCUAAUGUUAAAAUACCUACAUUUGGUGCUAAAUAUGACUUCCAUUUGGAAGGAGUGGUCGAUUGUCCUGAAUUUCUCGUUUAUUUUCCCAUAUUUAUUGAUAUUUGCCGAGAAUAUGGUCUGAAAUUAGUUUACCGAAAAAAUUUUGACGAAAUAUUCAAUGAAAACAAAGAGAAAAGAGAAAGCAAACAAUUAAUGAAUUUUAUGGCUGCAUUGGAGGUCUACUCCAAAGAUAAUAGCAAUUCAUUAGUUGGUGAUAAAGACGACUAUAAUUAUGCUGAACAACAAUUAAACAGCAAUUCAGACCAAUUUAAUAAACAAUUGGGAACUCUAUCACAAUCUGAAUGGGACGUCAUUUUAGUUUAUAUUGCAUUUUGUUUUCAAAAAUUACCGACAAAUGAUAUACAAAUUACAGAUAAUGAACACAAA